AUGGCUGCCUUCGCACCGCUAAUCCCCUUUUGGACGGCGGUCUCUGACACUCACCACUUGAUCAAGAACCCGAAGACCCAUUACAAUAAACUUGAUCGAUACAUACUUGGUAUGAAGAAUCAAAGUGACUACUCAAAUUACAAUCAAGAUGUUGAUGUAGACUCCCGCGUAUGAACCACCAAUCGCCCCCUUUAAUCCCAAUCUCCGUACCAACAACACCGCCCCAGCAACAAAGGCUACUCAACAUGAGUUUGCAAAUUCACAUUCGCUAAAAUCUUUUUAUGAUUCAAAUUCAAAGUAUAUCCCACACUGGAAAAGACCGAAGAAAGAACGAUUUUACAAAAAAAAGUAGACAGUAACAGAGAAGUAUCACAUAAGGAGAUAUUCACAUCCACACCCACACCCACACUGAUCAAUACCAAUAUCAACAGCAUAUACGUAAUUAGAUUCUCAUAACAUCUGUCACUGACCAUCCAAAC